AUGGAAAGUGAGAGGAGAGUGCACCCGGACUGUAUAAACGCUUCGAAUCCUUAUCAUGAGUGUGUGGAGUAUUGCUUUAAGAAAAUAGCGGAAGCAAAAGCCAGAUUGGAGAAGCAAGGAUUAGCUGACGCUGUUGGUGGGAGUGGUUACCCUAAUGCAAAAGUUAACGAGCAGUCAAGGGAGUCACUUGCUGAUAAAAGAAUAGAGGAGGAGAGUUCUGAAGAAGAAGAAGAAGAAGAAGAAGAACAAGAACCUGAAGUAGACGUUUCUCAACUUACAGGGAGGAAGAAGAAGUUGUUUGAGCUGAGACUUAAGAUGAACGAGGCAAGAAAAUCCAAUCAGACGGAUGUCGGGAGUGAAAAGAAGAAAAUGGAAGCACCAACGGAGACGAAAGGGAUCUCAAAACAGAAAUGGUUGGAGCAGAAGAAGAAAAAAAUCGGGAAACUUCUCGACGCUAAUGGUUUAGAUAUGAAAAAGGCUUACAUGCUCGACACUCAAGAAGCAGCGGAAACAAAAUACAAAAAAUGGGAAAAGGAACCAACCCCUUCUGGUUGGGAUGUCUUCAACCAGAAGACGUUGUACAACGCAUAUAAGAAGCGGACGAAGAACAUUCAGGUUGAUCUAGAGGAGUAUAACAGAAUGAGAGCAGCUGAUCCAGAGUUUUACCGUGAGGCUUCAAGCUUGCAAUACGGGAAGGCUCCAAAAACAUCAAAAGAUAAGAUUGAUAAGAUGGCAAAGGAGCUACUUGACAGAGAGCAGAAGCGACAGGACUUUAGCAGGAGGAGGAAGUUCCGGGAAGAGAAGGAUAUUGAUUCGAUCAACGACAGAAACGAGCAUUUCAACAAGAAGAUCGAGCGCGCGUUUGGGAAAUACACACUCGAGAUCAAAAACAACUUGGAACGAGGAACUGCGUUACCCGACUAA